AGAGAGGGAGGAGAGAGGGAAGAGAGCGCAAAGGCACUCCUUUAAUAAGGAUCGGCUUAAAAACUGCCUUAGAAGUGCCACAUCUGGAAACUGGAAAGCUGGAAGUUACAAUAACUGCGGCGCCACUAAACUGGUGGGGGGUUUGACUAAAGCAGAAGCAAAAACAAGUACUGAGAAGCGGCAAGAUCACCGCUGGAUGUAAGGGGAGGAGAUGGCUUUGAUCUUGGCCUGGCCCCUGGUUUUUCCUAUAUUCUUCUUCCCGGACUAUUUUUCCUUAAGCUCUGCCUCAACAGAGGGCAACAUUUUUCAUUUUGACAUUGAAGGGAGCUCAGCGGUCGGUAGCCCAGAAGACACGCUUAUCAGAGGGCAGCAAGAGACUGUAGCUAUCGGAAGUUGGUUGCCUUCUGCAGAGAAAUGCCAAGAAGGUUUUUUCCGAGCAUUUUCAGGAGAAUGCACUCCUUGUAAUUGCAACAAUAAUGCAUACAGAUGUCUCGAUGGAUCGGGAGUUUGUUUGGAUUGCCAAAGAAACACAACUGGAGACCACUGUGAAAAGUGUCCAGAUGGCUAUUUCGGGGAUGUUACCACAGGACUGCCUACCUUCUGCCAACCUUGCCCUUGUCCCUUGCCGUUGGUUGCCAACUUUGCAGUUUCCUGUUACAGAAAAACAGGUGUGGUGCGCUGUAUGUGCAAAGAAAACUAUGCUGGGCCAAACUGUGAAAGGUGUGCCCCAGGUUACUAUGGAAACCCCUUGGUGACUGGCAGCUCCUGUAAGAAAUGUGACUGCAGUGGCAAUUCAGACCCUAACUUGAUCUUUGAGGAUUGCGACGAUGUGACAGGCCAGUGUCGCAACUGCUUACGCACUACCACCGGGUUCAAUUGUGAAUUGUGCGCUCCUGGUUAUUAUGGAGAUGCCAAAGCUGCAAAAAACUGUACAGCAUGCAAGUGCGGAGGAGGACCUUGUGACAGACGAACAGGGCAAUGUCUAGCAGAACCACCAAUGCCUCCUCCAGGCACAGAUUGUCCAGUUAUCAGCUGUGACAAAUGCAUUUGGGAUUUGACUGACGAUAUCAGUUUGGCAGUUCAGUCCACUGAGGAAAGCAAAGCCAUUCUGCUGAGCAUUUCCACUGGGGUUGCUGCUCACAGACACUUGCAUGACCUCAACUACACCACUUUUCUCCUCAAGGAUAAAUUGUCAGAGAAGGAUAAUCAUUCUGUUCUAAGGAUGAGCCAGACUGAUAAUGCUGAGAAAGAAAUGACUGAGCUUCUUAAAGAAAUCAACAUACUUCAGGAAAAGAAAAAUCAAGCAUCAAGCAAUGGCCUGCUGGUACAGAAGGAAACCAUGGCGACCAUCGAGCAAGCUAGUAGUCUUGUACAGAGACUUGAAAAUAUGAUAGAGAAUGUUCAAGAGCUUGACAGAGAGGCAAAAUAUUAUCUUGGGGCACAUGACCUGAAGCCUGAGGACACCAUCCAGAAGCUCAAGGAAGCAGAAGAGAUGCUGAAGGACUUGAGACUUCACAAGCCAUUCACCACUCAGAGACUCCUGGCGGAUGACGAGUCUGAUGCAGCACAGAAAUUGUUAGGAGAAGCUGGAAAAUUGCAGCAGAUGCAUAAUGAAACCAGGUCUCUCAUUCCUAUUGUAUUGGACCAACUUGAAGAAUACAACAUCAAGCUGACAGAUGUGCAGGAAGUCCUGGACCAGGCUGUUGAUUACAUCAGAAAAUCAGAAAAUAUAAAUAAGGAAAGCACUAAAAUCCUACAAGAAAAUGAGAAGCAACAGGAAAUAGUGACUGAACAAAUUAACAAUGUCAACAGUACUCUGCUGAUAGCCAGAGAUAUUUUAAAUGUACAAUAUCAAAUCAACUUUGAAAUGGGUGAAGGAAUAAAGAAUACUUCAGGGUUCUAUGCAGAAAUUGAUGGAGCUAAAAUACAGCUACAGGACAAACUGGCCAAUUUAUCAAGGUUUGAUGAUGAUAUGGUACAAACGGCCAUGGAGCAUGCACAGAAGCUUCAGAAUCUUGCUGAUGAUCUGGAAAGCACAUUGCAUGGUGUUGAUACAAAUGGAUUAGUACAGAAAGCAUUAAAUGCUUCCAAUGUUCACAAAAACAUCAUUAAUUAUAUUCAUGAAGCCACUGAAGCAUCAGUCUUGGCAUUAAACACAACCGAGCGAGUCAAUGAUGCUGUGGUUGGAAUUGACACUCAGAUCACUUACCAUAAAGAGGAAAGCAAAAGACUUCUCAAUCAAGUCAAAGAACAGCAACAGACGGCAAAUGCUAAUUAUUUUGCUGUGGCAGAUGCAGGUCGACAUGUUAAUGGAACGCUUGCCAGGAAGAAUGAUUUUAUAACCCGUUUGCAGAAAGUCAUUACAAAAAUUCAGGUGUCAGAGCAAGGUAAUGCAAGACAACGUUUGAACCAGUUGAAAAUCAUUACUGAUGAAGCCCUAAAUUCUGCUAUGACAGUAACCCAAACCACUGGCCCAAUGGCUGAGAAUGUGACCAGAUGGUCCCAAGAUCUACAUAAUUUUGAACCUGAAUCAGCGGCUUAUGACCAUGCCACAACUACAACAAGGGAUACAGUGAAGACUCUCACAGAAGUGGUCCCACAGCUUCUGGAUAAGCUACGUACAGUGGAGCAAAAGUGGCCAGCAAACAACGUCUCCGCCAGCAUUCAGAGGAUCAGGGAGCUCAUUGCGCAGACAAGGAGUGUAGCAAACAAGGUGCAAGUUUCAAUGUCAUUUGAAGGUCAAUCAGCUGUUGAAGUCAAUCCACAAACAAACAUGGAAGACUUAAAGGCUUUCACAUCCUUGAGUUUGUAUAUGAUGCUUCAAAAGGACAACCCAGAGCGGGCAGCACCUCAGGACAGGUUUAUUCUGUAUUUGGGAAGUAAAAAUACUAAAAAUUAUCUGGGCCUUGCAAUUAAGAAUGAUAACUUGGUCUACAUUUACAAUUUGGGCGGUGAUGAUAUCGAGAUACCCCUGGACUCCAAGCCUGUCAGCACUUGGCCAGCAUACUUCAGCCUUGUUAAAAUAGAGAGGAUUGGAAAGCAUGGGAAAGUGUUUCUGACUGUUCCCAGUCCCAGCAGUACUGCUGAGGAAAAAUUCAUCAAAAAAGGAGAGGUCCCUGGUGAUGACUCAUUGUUGGAUCUGGAGCCGAAAAAUACAGUCUUCUAUGUUGGAGGAGUGCCUCCUAAUUUUAAGCUUCCCCCUAGCUUGGACCUUCCGGGCUUUAUUGGCUGCAUGGAGCUUGCCACUCUGAAUGACGAUGUCAUCAGUUUAUAUAAUUUCAAAAAUGUCUACAAUGUCACCAAAUCGGUACCUUGUGCCAGGGAUAAGUUGGCUUUCACACAGAGUCGAGCCAUAAACUAUUUCUUCGAUGGUUCUGGCUAUGCUUUGGUGAGGAACAUUGAGAAAAGAGGAAAAUUCAGUCUGGUAACUCGUUUUGAUAUAGAAGUUCGAACCCCGACAGAUAAUGGACUUCUCCUCCUGAUGGUUAAUGGAAGUAUGUUCUUCAGCCUAGAGAUGCAGAAUGGAUACCUGUAUCUACAAUACGACUUUGGCUUCAGCAGUGGCCCGGUGAUUCUAGAAGAUUCUUUGAAAAAGGCUCAGAUUAAUGAUGCAAAAUUCCAUGAGAUAUCUGUUAUAUAUCACAAUUCCAAAAAAAUGAUCUUGGUAGUGGACAGGAGACAUGUAAAAAGCAUAGAAAAUGAGAAGAAAAACAUGCCAUUUACGGACGUCUACAUUGGAGGAGCUCCUACAGAGAUUUUGAAAUCUAGUGGUGUCAGUUCACACCUGGCUAUCACUACAAGCUUUAGAGGCUGUAUGAAAGGUUUCCAGUUCCAAAAGAAAGACUUCAACCUGUUGGAAGAGCAAGGAACUCUGGGAAUUGGCUAUGGCUGUCCAGAGGAGUCACUUAUGUCUCGCAAAGCAUAUUUCAAUGGACAAAGCUACGUUGCAUCUAGUCAGAAAAUUUCUCCCUUUCAUGCAUUUGAAGGAGGAUUUAAUUUCCGAACAUUACAGCCCAAUGGAUUGUUAUUUUACUGUGCUGAAGGAUCAGACGUGUUCUCCAUUUCCAUGGAUAAAGGAGCUGUUGUUUUAAAUGCAAAGGGAGUCAAAGUUCAGGCAGCCGACAGAGCUUAUAACGAUGGGAAAGCCCAUUUUGUCAUUACAUCUGUCUCACCGGAAAGGCUUGAGCUUUUGGUUGAUGCAAAAAAGCAGAGUACACAGAAUUCAGCAAAAGACAAAACAGAGGAAAAGCCUGUGAGCCUCAAGAAGUUCUACUUUGGUGGCUCUCCCGUCAGUACUGAAUUUGCCAACUUUACCGGCUGUAUAAGCAAUGCCUAUUUAACGAGGCUGGAUCGAGAUGUUGAAGUGGAAGACUUCCAACGUUACUCUGAAAAGGUCCAAGCAUCCCUUUAUGGAUGCCCUGUUGAAUCUCCUCCAGCAGCCCUUUUCCACAAGAAAAGAAAAAAUGCAUCCAAAUCCAAAGGAAGCCACAAUAAAAGAGUUGGAAAAGACAAUGAAGAACCCUCACAGUUUCCAUCUGGCAUGAAAAAAAUAGAUCAGGAACUGAGAGCUCAAGCGGACCCACACUGCCGCUUCUCAAAUACCCCACAGGCAAAGGAACACGUGUAUCUAUUUGGAGGAACAGCAAACAGCCGGCAAGAAUUUGAUUACUUACCAAAGGAUUUCAGUGAAAGAUCUCAGUUCUCCAUUAGUCUGAAGACUCACUCAUCCCACGGAAUGAUCUUCUAUGUCUCUGAUCAAGAAGAGGAAAAUUUCAUGGCCCUUUUUAUUGCCCAUGGACGACUAGUUUUUAUGUUUAAUAGUGGCCAUCGAAAAUUAAGAAUUAGGAGCCAAGAGAAGUACAAUGAUGACCAGUGGCACAAUGUGAUGUUUGUUCGGGAAAAAAAUACUGGCCGUUUGGUAAUUGACGGUCUCCGAGUAUUAGAAGAAAAUCUUCCUUCUUUUGACAAUGCAUGGCAAGUCACUGCACCCUUUUAUGUAGGGGGUGUGGCACCAGGAAAAGCUGCCAAAAAUAUCCAGAUUAACUCAGUUUAUAGUUUCAGUGGUUGUCUUGGCAGUUUACAGCUCAAUGGAAGGCCAGCCAUGUCUCCUUCACAGACAUUCAGUGUAACUCCUUGUUUUGAAGGACCAUCAGAGGAAGGAACAUAUUUUUCAUCUGAAGGAGGAUAUAUUAUUCUUGAUGAAUCCUUCACUUUGGGUCUGAACUUUGAAAUUGUUUUUGAAAUUCGUCCUCGCAGCAGUUCAGGAAUCCUAAUGCAUGCGCACAGUGUAAACAGGGAGUUCCUAAACAUACAUAUGAAGCAAGGGCAGGUAAUUGUAAAGUUGAACAAUGGAAUCAAAGACUUUUCAACCUCAGUUACUCCAAAACAGAAUCUCUGUGAUGGCAGAUGGCACAGAAUUGCAGUUAUUAAAGAUUCUAACGUGAUCCAGCUGGAUGUAGAUUCUGAAGUGAACUAUGUUGUAGGACCACUAAAUCCAAAAGCAGUUGACCACAGGGAGCCUGUUUUUGUUGGAGGAGUACCAGAGUCUCUCCUGACAUUCAGCCUGACGACACGCAGUUCCUUCACUGGAUGCAUUCGUAACUUUGAGAUUGAUGAAAGGGCAGUGAGCUUCAGUAAGGCAGCUUUGGUCAGUGGUGCUGUGAGCAUCAGCCGAUGUCCUGCCACCUGAGAAGCUGACGAGCUGCGGGGAUCUGUACAAU